AUGUCUAAACUUGAACGGUUGAAUGCUCGUGUGGCCAAACUGCUGACUGAGGCAGUGCAGGAGGUCCUGGUGGUGGUGAAGGAAACCGUGUUAGAAUACCAGCAAAAAACAGCCCGGACACAGAGAGAGAAUGAGUGUCUGAAAAGAAAAUUGUUAGAGCUUCAGGACAAGGUGCCGAAAGAAGGCACAGAUUUUCUGUUCACAUGUGAGUUGGUGCCUGAAGGAAGAGGUGAAGCUGAGCAAGGAGAUCAGGAUUGCAGCAUAAUUCAAAGGCACAACCCUGAUGGUGAUCUGACAGAAGAAAUGCUGGUGGACAUCCACCAGCCUGAUCAGGAUGUGAAGCAAGAAUCCAACCAGGAUGGCCGAACAGACCCUAUGCCACAAACUGAAUAUUGUAAAGCACAGCUACAAAUGACUGCCCACUCAAGGGACGAUUCGGUGACAGCCCACACUUCACAUGAGGACAACAGGGACAACAGUGGAGUCUCUCUGACCAACGUGGCUGACUCUUGUUCUGGCUCUUCGCUGGAGGUAAAUCUGGCGGCCAUUAAAAGAGAAACACUGCUGACUGAGUGCACGCCAUCUUCUCCAGAACAGUGUGUGGAUUUAAGCUGCAACUCGUCUAGACUGUCCGCCGCAGACAUGACACAAGCCAGCGCAGAGCCUUACGGGUUCGCCUUCGUCCAUGCUAGCCACACUGCUCAUAGAAGGGAGGGCUGCUCCAAAAGCAGCAGGGUUCUGUUUGACGGGAAGCAAAUCAGGAUGGAGCACGUGACGAGAGACGGCGUGCAUUUGUGUCUUGUGUGUGGAAAAACUUUCAGCCGGCUGGGAAACUUAAGAAUCCACCAGCGGUGCCACACAGGGGAAAAACCCUACGGCUGCAUGCAGUGUGGACGGCGCUUCAGCCAGGCGGGAGACCUAAAGAAACACAAAAGGGUCCACACCGGUGAGAAGCCCUACUACUGCAGCUUCUGUGGAAAGAACUUCAGUCGAGGGGAGAAUCUCAAAAGACAUCAGAGGAUCCACAUCGGAGAGACUUUGCAGUUACAGCAAACGUUCAGGGAGCAACAGUCAUGA